AUGUGGGUGAAAUCACUACCUCGUAAACAUAUCCGCGCUCCCUACGUUCACAGUAAUAGCCAAGAUAAUGGAAAAAUCUUAGUGUUUGACAAUGGACAAUUGGAUGAAGAAACCUGUGUUGUGGGCCAAAAAAUAAACUUUGGGACAUAUGAUAAUUACAUUCCAGUCAGUGAAUUAAGCAAAAAAUCAUGGAAUCAGCAACACUUUGCCCUGGUAUUUCCCAAACCACCGCGGCCAGGAAAAAAAAGGAGAACAAAACCUUCUCAAUUACAGGAAAAUGUAGCUGUUAAAAUUGAUGAAGACAAAGCAAUAGGUCAUAGUCGACCAUUAUGGAUGCACCGUUCUUUAAUGAGAAUUUCUGAGAGACCAUCUGUUUACUUAGCUGCCAGGAGGAAGCCCCCAGAAAAACCAGUUUCAUCCCCUAAAUUGGAUACUAGAGGAACACAAAUGUCUAUUAAGGGUAAAGGAGACAAGAAAAUAGAGGAUACAUCGGAAUCAGAAGCAGAUGCAAAGAAGGAAAAAGAUGCAAAGAAAGACAAAGAUAAGGAUAAAGGUGAAAAACCAGAUGCAAAAAUAGUUAAAAAAGAUACAAAGAAGGAUGAUAAAAAAGAUAAAAAGGAUGCAAAAAAGGGCACGGAUUCAGCAUCAGAAUCUGAAGGUGAAAAACCAGGCGCAAAGAAGGAUGACAAAUCAGUUAAAAAGGAUACAAAGAAGGGCAAGGAUUCAGCUUCGGAAUCUGAAGGUGAAAAACCAGGUGCAAAGAAGGAUGCCAAAUCAGUUAAAAAGGAUACAAAGAAGGGCAAGGAUUCAGCUUCAGAAUCGGAAGGUGAAAAACCAGGCGCAAAGAAGGAUGCCAAAUCAGUUAAAAAGGAUACAAAGAAGGGCAAGGAUUCAGCUUCGGAAUCUGGAGGUGAAAAACCAGGUGCAAAGAAGGAUGACAAAUCAGCUAAAAAGGAUACAAAGAAGGGCAAAGAUUCAGCUUCCGAAUCUGGAGGUGAAAAACCAGGCGCAAAGAAGGAUGCCAAAUCAGUUAAAAAGGAUACAAAGAAGGGCAAAGAUUCAGCUUCGGAAUCUGGAGGUGAAAAACCAGGCGCAAAGAAGGAUGACAAAUCAGUUAAAAAGGAUACAAAGAAGGGCAAAGAUUCAGCUUCAGAAUCUGAAGGUGAAAAGAAGGGUAAAGAUACAAAGAAAGGUUCUGUAGCCAAGAAAGAUUCAAAGCAAGAUGUAAAGAAGGGAACUAAAAAAGAUGAAAAGAAACCUGGUGGUACAGUAAGUGAAACAAAGGUUGGCACCAAGAAAGAUACCAAGAAAGAUGGGAAGAAAGAUACAAAGAAAGAUGCCAAGAAAAGUACCAAGAAAGAUGCCAAGAAAGAGACUGACACAGAAUCUGCUGAUUCAAAGGCUUCUGGUAAGAAGGGUGGAAAUAAGAGUAAAAAGAAAACCAAGUAG